CAUGGCGGGUGAACAAACUUCUAUCUUUCGCGAAGUUGUAUUACAAAUUGAACAAAAUAUAGCUGAGGAAAUCGAAGUGAACACUGGUUCGUUAUCAAAUAUCACUGUCAGAACAGAUGGACUCACAAAUUCAGAGGCGGGUGGCGGAUUUGCUUACAAAUACAAUUCAAGGGUUGAAUCAAUUGGUCGAAACCGUUUCAUACAUUGGAGGACUUCUAGAAAUGUACUGGAAUUGCAUGAAGUGUCAUUAGAUGUCAAUCUUCAGGAUAGUUUAAUGAAAAUUCAUUUUAAGAACUCAUCACUUCUACCCAACAUUGAGAUAUUCGAGACUUCGUCAUCUGUUGUGCUACUAGCUGCUACAACCAAUUCUGUUCAUCGUUUCAUAUUUCCGCAUCCAAACAAACUUCAAAGUCAUGACUUCUCUCUGUCGCCUCGUGUUUCAAUAAGCAUUCCAUCGAUAUUCAGUGAACAAAAAUUGCCCGAUCUUUACUUACCUUGGAACUUUGCAUCAUUUUCAAGCAGUUGCAAUUCAUUCAGUGCAUGGUUAUUUCCUGAUGGUCAUUGUCUGUUUAAUAUGAUAACCAACGAUGGAAAUGCAGUAGUUUUAAAACUACCACCUCCUCAGAGUCAAGGUGUUGUUGAACAUUACGAGUUAAAAAACGCUGGUGUGAUGCAACGAUUAUGGAGUGGACUUGUACCUUCGCGAAUCCGUGGUGACGGUACCCUUGGUGAUCUUGUAGUAAGUGCUCAGAUAAAUCCUCUUGAUAAGGAGACGUACGUGUUUGCACUUUAUCAAGACCACAAGAUACGAGUAUGGAAGUGGCAGACACAGGAAUGUGUAUCAAUGAAGAACUUGAUCGAUGAUAUUCCUGAUGAUGUUGAUUUACAAGCUAUUACAGGUCAAAGUCAUAUGUUAAAGAAAGCAAUUGGUUCGACGCCUCAUCAUCUUUAUUUGGGUGUAUUUAUAUCUCUGCUUCAACAAGGACAGUUUUUAAUCUACGAAGUUGUUUACAUGGACGGAGAAAUAACUCUUGUUUCAGUGAUGAAUCUGUUUUCUCCCAAGGGUAAUUUGAUUGAUUUUGUCCUGUCAAUCAAUCAAAUUUGGACAUUAUGGAUCUCAGACGAAGGUGUUCCUUUUGUUCGACAUGCUUUGAUUGAAAGUAAUCAGCUUGCACCGACUGGUUGGCAACAUGCCAUACUUGAAGAUGCUCGGCCAUCGGAGAUUAAUGUAGCAGAGCACCAGGAACCUCGGGAGACAUAUCUUGAAUAUAUUUUCCAUCCUGGUCGGUUUUCGAAGUAUGAUAUCGACAAAGCUAUCAAGAUUUUUGACAGUUCUUCGCGAAGACCGCUGACAACUGUCAGAAAGACGCACUUAAAACAACAAGUUAUUGCUCUUGUUGAUAGUCAGGUCCAAAAUGCAGCCAAUAGAGAUGAAGUGGAGUUUCAUGAAUACUCCGAUUUGCAACUUCAGAUGUGGUCUAGAUUUUAUGCUUGUCUUGUUCAAUAUCACGAGGCUUCAAACAAACCGUUGGGUUUAUUUUUGGAUGACGCUUCAAACGUAGUGAUGGUCAUACGAAAGGAAGCAAUAUCGUUCUUGCGACCUUGUGAUGAUCUAACAACGUUGCAUUGGAAACCAUUCUGCGAAGAAGCUAUUACCUCGCUGGCUGAGGAAUUAUCUAUCGACGAUCAAAUUGACAGAAAUGAUGCCCAGAUUCUUUUCCAAUGUAUAAAUAUUGUGACGGAACAGUUAACUGAGGAUCACAUCGUCUUCAUCGAACAAGAAUUGAGUUGUGGUAAUGACGUGGAUCAUUUAAUGCAAGAUAUUGCUGCCGCGAUGUUAUUUAAACUUGAUCAAAAGAAAGAAGAAACAAGCGAAAAACAGUUUUUAAUGACCAUUGAAAUAAGAUUACAAAAAAUACAAAAUUUAAUGAAGAUUGUCGAGAACGUUUUAAAUAUUUUGGAUGUUAAUUAUGAACUGGAUGAAGAUGACUUUGAUGCUUUAGGUGACGAUAUGCGCUCACAGCAUCUGAAUUUAAGAAGAUUAUUUGCAAGUGACCUCUCUGUAUCACUUCUUGCCAGCUCAUAUGAGCAGCUUUGUGAAAGAAGAGUGUGUCUGUGUCGUGAUUUGUUGAUAUUGUUGCAUGUUAUGACAAGACUCAGUAGCAGAGCUGGUCUUCAUUCUUUGGGAAGUCACACCAUAUCUUCAGAACAUGUGCCAAGAGCGACAUACCUGCUUCGCGUUUAUCACAGUCUGUUGUGGUUUGCGACUCGAUCAGUCUUACCAACACCUCCAAAUGCUCUGGACAAUAAUCUGAAGCAACUUGCGGCAUUGGAAAUCACAGAUGUGUCUAAUCCAGAGUCAUUUCUUAUUCCAGAAAUUACAAGUUGUCCCAUCCUCGAAUUAUUUCUCUCCGGUAAAGGAGGUAAUCACAUGAGACUGUUGUUGCAGAGAUAUCUUAAAGACAUGGGGAAUAUAAACCGAGGCAGUUUUAAAAUCACCAUUGUUCGUGCUCUUCAGGCGAUGACUUUGCUUUUAUGGCCGAACAGAGCAAACAUGUUUUUUGCUGAAUAUCUUGUGACAAAAGGCCAGUUUCAGACGCUACUAGAGUAUUGUUUUCUUUUGGAUUCGUGGUUAACUCAUGGUCGAUCAAGUCUCGCAUUUCUACAAGGCCAGGCACAUCUGGUAUUCGGUGAUUAUUUCAAGGCUUAUGAUUGCUUUGUCUUCGCUGUUCAUAACUUAAAUGACAAUGAACCCCUUUUUAAGAAAAUUCUUCAAGAUUGCGUCAACGAAAAUGAAAGAGCAACACAAUGUUUUGUUAAGGUGAUGCGACUUUUUGAGCAGUUUGGGUCCUCUCAAUUCGUCCUGAAGGUUGCAAAUGCUGUGCUUAGUGUAGUCGAGCCUAAAGAUCCCAGUUUGCCCAUUAUUUGGUCCAAUAUUUUCAAGCAUCAUUUGGACUUAGGACACAAUGACGAAGCUUACGCUGCAAUAACCUCCAAUCCUGACAUUGAAAGAAAACGAGACUGUCUUCAUCGUUUUGUGGUCGUGCUAUGUGAACGAGGCGAAAGAUUGCAGUUAGUUGAGUAUCCUUUCGUUGACUUAUUGGAAGAGGUUGUUAGUAUCAUUGAAUAUCAUGCAAGAACUGUGGAUAUUUCCACGCACCAGUACUAUCAACUGUUGUACUCAUUUCAUACUUACAGAGGAAAUCACAGAAAAGCUGCAAGCGCAAUGUACGAGUAUGGGAUACGAUUGGCACAGGAGUUACCCGGCUUAGAGAGUCUUCAGAAACAGGCGAAAUGCUACCUCACGACAAUGAAUUCGCUUCGUCUUUUGGAUGAAAAGAAUUCCUGGAUAGUGAAACCCUUGGAGAGAAAGGACCAGAAGGUUGUCGAAGCUCCAAACAUGUCACCGAAACGCAAACAAGGCGACGAGGACGCUGAUGAAGCUCUCACGGCAAUGAUACCGAAGAGAAGACGACAAGUUACCGUGAUUGAGAUUUCUGAUCUUGAAAAAGAAUACAUGUUGAUCUUGGCUAGGUUACAGCUGCUACAACACGACACCGAUUCUGCUCACGUUACUGGACCGCCAUUAUCACCGACUGAAACUCUAGUUCUUUUGAUCCAAACUGGACAGUACGAUACAGCUUUCAGUAUUGCAAAAGCCUUUGAAUUGUCUUUAAAUUCAAUAUUUGAUGGUUUGGCGGCAAGAUGCGUCAAGAUAUCAUUGUACACAGCUCCAAUGGAUAUGGAUGAACGAAUGUCUUGGCUGAAGCUAAACGAUAGAAAAUGCUCUGGUUUGACUAGAGAUGCAAGCCUAGCUGAUCAGGCAUGGUCUUUGCUCAACGUUUACCUGAGAAGAUUUGGCUCAAAACAAACCUCAGUUUACUAUAAAUGCGUUUGUACACGUCUAUUGUCCAUGGGAUGCUCUUUACCGACUUGGUUGAUUAAUGAUUAUAAGGUUGCGAACCCGGGAGAACUUCUUCAGCUUUUUAUCAAUUUCGACCUGCUUGAAGAAGCUACGGAUUUAGCUAUGGAAUAUCUUAAUGCAACGAUGGGACAUGGCAAAGAAUACUUUGGAUUAGAGGAAGCAUUGACGGCGAAUAGUCAACCAGUUUGGUUUCCCUACCUUGCUUUGGAUCAACUUUUGACUGCGUUACAGAAGUUGGAUGAUGAUGACCAUCUCUCUGCAAUGUAUCAUGGACUUCGAAAUCAAGUAGACUUAUAUCUUGAGAUGGUGAAAUCCGUGUCCGAAGACAUGAUUGAACUUCGAAGGAGAAAAUGGGCGGGUCGGAUAGUUUAAGCAGUAUAAUGAUGCGACUUGAUUUGAUCAUUAAUAGCUGCAUCUGAUGAUUCCUGUAAAGCUUCUGCUUUCAUCACGAAUUUUUGGUUAUAAACUCCAAGAGUUUCACUUGUGUUAAGAUUGUACAGCGAGGAAAGUUAUCUGAUGAUGUGAGGAAACUUCUACUUUUAUUUUGGGAAUAGAAACAUGUUGUUUGCUUUUGUUUGCAUAGACAUAACUAUUGUUAUAUAUGGAAUUUAGUACACACCAUAAAUACAAAAAGGAAUUUAUUUCAUCUGUUGUAAAAA